AUGGGUGGCUCAGAUUGGCUUGAAGUCGGCGCGCCGACGCUCGACCGUCCCUUUGGCCUGGCAUUGUGGCCUAUUUUCGAGAAAUGCUUCGAGCCCAUCGCGGGCUACAAGCCCCAGGACUUCCGCUUCGUCCAAGGAGAGACGCCGCUCUCGACAUUCAAGGUCUGCGUUGUCACGCUGAUUACCUACUACAUCAUAAUCUUCGGUGGACGAGAGCUCAUGCGCAACCGUGAGCCCUUCAAGCUCAACUUUCUCUUCAAGGUCCACAACUUCUACCUCACGGCAAUCAGCGGCACCCUACUUCUCCUCUUCGCUGAGCAAUUGAUCCCCAUCGUUGUCAGGAAGGGUCUUUUCUUCGCCAUCUGCGACCACCAAGGUGGAUGGACCGACAAGCUGGUCAUUCUGUACUACCUCAACUACCUCACCAAGUUCCUGGAGUUGAUUGACACUUGCUUCCUGUUCUUGAAGAAGAAGCCAUUGACUUUCCUCCACACCUACCACCACGGCGCGACCGCUCUCCUCUGCUACACCCAGCUCAUUGGUCACACUCCCGUCUCAUGGCCCGUCAUCACUCUCAACCUGGCUGUACACGUUGUCAUGUACUGGUACUACUUCCAGAGCGCGCGAGGAAUCCGCAUCUGGUGGAAGAAGUACAUCACCGUUGGCCAAAUCACCCAGUUCGUCCUCGACCUUGGCUUCAUCUACUUCGCCUCGUGGACCUACUUCACAAGCACCUACUGGCCACACUUGCCUAACAUGGGCGAGUGUGCUGGUGAGGAGUUUGCUGCCAUCUCCGGUAUCUGCAUCAUCACGUCGUACCUCUUCCUCUUCCUCGCCUUCUACUUCGCCACGUACAAGAAGCCGGUGCCCAAGGGCCGCCGCAGGGCUACAAGCGCGUUGGUGGAGAUGAAGGACGAGAAGGUGCCGACUGUUGGUGAAGCUCGCAGGCGUCUUUCGACUUCGCGUGCUGGUGUCACUAACGGUGUCGCUACAGGAGCUUCGCCCAACGGCACACCCAACGGACGCGCGACCCGCAGCCGCAAGGCCUAA